AUGGCGCCGCCGCCAACCUCCAACCCAGUACCACCGCCGGAGCCGCCGUCCCUUCGAGUCCAAGACGGGCUGCUCCAGGAAAUCUUCCUCCCGUCCACCGUGAUGGCCUCGCCGCCGGUGACAGGCCCUCAGCAGAUCCCACAGCCGGCGUCGUCCGUCGCCGAUCUCCCGGAUGUGCUGCUUGAGGAAAUAUUCCUCCGCCUCCCCGCCGCCGCCGACCUCGCCCGCGCCUCCACCGCUUGCGCCUCCUUCCACAGCGUCAUCUCCGGCCACGCCUUCCUCCGGCGGUACCGCGUCAUCCACCCGCCGCCUCUCAUCGGCAUGGUCCAUGAUCCCUUCAUCCCAGCUCAGCAGCCGCACCCCUCCGCCGUCCCAGCCCGCGCCUUCGCCGGCUUCAACUUCUCCUGCUCCUCCUUCCUCCCCUCCACCGCCGGCCGCUCCUGGAGUGAAAUUGAUUUCUUUGACGGGCGGGCCCUCCUUGCUGGCGCCCCGGUCAAAGAAGAAUCCGGCAGCCGCUUCCUCGUGGGCGCUGAGCUGUGUGACUCACAGUACAGCCAAUUUUUGGUCAGGGUCCUCGCCGUGUGCGACCCCGUGCACCGCUGCUACAUCCUGCUACCUGCCGUCCCCGACCACCUGAAAGCGCUGGUCCGUAGACCGGACCUCCUCAUGUUGGAGACUUUCCUUGCUCCCGGCGAGGAUGAGGACGACCCUUUAUCAUUCAGAGUGGUGUGCUUGGCACAAUGCAGAAUAAAUCUGCUGAUGCUGGGCUUCUCCUCUUUGGAUGGACAAUGGCACAUUCUUAUUCAUGAUCAAUGGAGUGCUCAGGCUACUAUUGGCUCAUUUGAGAACUCUGAGCCUUGGCUGUCCUGUUGUCAGUACGUCCACAGAUGCUUCUGUUGGCGUUUGCAUUUCAUGAACAAGUUGCUUCUCCUUGACACGCACACCAUGGAGUUCUCUGUUGUCAGCCUCCCACCUGAACAACCACCGAACCGCAAUUAUGUCAUUGUUGAGGCAGCGGACGGAAUGCUCGGGAUGCUCACUAAACGCUAUGAUGAGUACAGAGAAGAUGACCGAUGUUGGCUGGCAUAUUCAAUUCUAAGAAAUAACCAAUGGUACUCGGAGAAGGUCAUCCUGUUGCCGGUAAAGCAUGCUGCUCUUGUUGGUGUAGCUGGGGGAUACCUGCUCGUGGAAGCGUUGUACACCCCAUCUACACAACACAUGCUUAAGUUUGGACUAUUUUCCGUGGACGUCAAGACGUUGCAGGUCGAAUUGUUCGCUGAGCUUAGCAAACCCAACAUGUAUGGUCGACUAUAUGCUGGUUUGCCACCAUCAUUGUGUGCACCAACUAUUUGA